UGUUGUGGUCCUGGCAACCCUGUCUACAUCGGUGAACAGCGUAGUGGUGUGGAACCAACGUCUAUCGAAGGGGUGUCGGAUAAAAUAACUACACACGAAAAUAACACAACUACUAUACCUCAGUUUCGGUGGUAAACCAUUUUAAGUGCUUUCCUUCUGGGAAUACCUGCUCUCACACAGAAUGGACACAUGUAGGCAGCAUUGUUUCCCAAGUGAUCAUUAGUCCCAGGCCAGUCAGGAGGUAAGGCCCAGAGAGGUGUCCCAGUCAGGCGGUAAGGCCCAGAGAGGUGUCCCAGUCAGGCGGUAAGGCCCAGAGAGGUGUCCCAGUCAGGCGGUAAGGCCCAGAGAGGUGUCCCAGCCCCAGUCAGGAGGUAAGGCCCAGAGAGGUGUCUUUCCCCUUAGUCAGUCAGUAUGGCCCAGGCGGAGGCCCAGCCCAGUGGGGAUAACAGCCCCCAGCUCAUCUCCCUCCAGUCGGAGAGGUCAGAGGCAUCAGGGAACCACGCAGAGGUGGGCUCCGCCAACCGGAGGAAGAGGAGGAGGAAGGAGCCCAGACCUGAGUCCAUCAUUGUGUAUCGCUCAGACAAUGAGAGGGGGCCCGGGGAGGAGCAGGUGGGAGAGGAGGGAGGUGCUGAGAGGAGCACCGAGGAGGGGGCCAAGUUCCUCAACACACCCACCGGCGAAGGAGGCUGGAGCGACAGGAGCAUGCCCCCAGACAGCCGUUAUGUGACCUUGACCGGCACCAUCACCAGGGGGAAGAAGAAGGGUCAGGUGGUAGACAUCCACGUUACUCUAACAGAAAGAGAACUCCGGGACAUGGCCCUCUCUAAAGAACGUCUGGACGCUGAGUGUGAGAGGGGGCAGGGCUCCAAGUGUUCCUGUGGCUUGGGGUUCUUUCAGGGCCCUCAUGUGAUCCUCUGGAGCCUAUUGUGUGCUCCUCUGGUGUUCCUUAUCGCCUUCAUCACGUCGUUUUACUAUGGAACGCUCACCUGGUACAACGUGUUCCUGGUCUACAACGAGGAGAGAACAUUCUGGCACAAGAUUACCAUCUGCCCCUUCCUCAUCAUUUUCUACCCCAUGCUGAUCAUGCCCAUGGCCCUGUCCCUGGCUCUGUACUCCACCCUGGCGCAGGUCUCCUGGGUCUUUAGUGAGUGGUGGCUGUCUGUCCGCGACCUGGAGAAGGGGUUUUGUGGCUGGGCGUGUGGGAAGCUGGGGCUGGAGGACUGUUCUCCAUAUAGUAUCGUGGAGCUGUUGGACUCUGACAACUUCUCAGGAAGCAUGCAAGGGAAUAACAAGGCCCCCGGCGAGGAUGCUCAGACGUCCUCUGUGUGAGACUGGGUUGUAAUUCACUUGGAAGCAAACGGGUCGAAACAGGCUAGAACUACCUGAACUUAUCCGUUAAUAAGAAACACUUUUUGCAAUGGUGUACCCACUAAUGAAUAUAACUCUGGACUGGCAUCUUGGACACAAACACACAAACUGGCAUAGUUGUCAUACUUUCAAAUUUUUCGAUACCAUCAAAAAAGCCGGGUUAUUGUUUUAACUUACACUUCUUACUAAUUUAUCUAACCUCGCAUUCUUACUUGGUUGUUAUUGAAGUGAACUCUGUGUUUACUGGGCCAAUCACCAUGUUGUUAUGUUUAAAAUGGUCUUAUUUAUUUGAAUAUUUCAACCACUAGCUAGUUUAGUUGUAAGUGUUGUCAAUGGAUGUUUUGUAUCACAGGAUGGGCUAUUAAAAUAUGUUUAAAUUAAAUAUACUGCAACAUGAGGGUCGCUACAAUACUGCCUAAAGUUUACUGUAGGGAGGAUCAAACACAAGACCUAUCUAUCAAACAUACUGAUAGAUUUCUGUUGAAAAACUGUUGCACUGAAAUCCUCGAUAGGACAGGCAGGAAGUGACCUUUCAUAUCUAAUGUACUGUACCCGCAUGAAGUAAUACUUGACCUUUCUCUCUUUCGGGUUGAAGAGAUCACAUUUUAAACUGGGUGGCAGGGUGGAAGGAACUCUGGGGCGUUCAUUCAGCAGACAAGAAUGUAGAAUUAAGAUUUGAAGGAUUUAAAAGGAUUUUGGUCAGUACCUCUGUUCUCUAUAUAAAGGUUUUACCUGUGUGUGUGUGUGUGUUUGUUGCUCACCAUGAGAUAAAAUGUAUGGAAAUAAAACCUGAAUCAUUUUCACAGUUCAA